AUGCACCAGGCAUACAAAACUCACACCAGCGACGAGAUGCAUUUGCAGAAGGCGGUCGGCUUCCAGUUCUGCGUUUUCGAAGAUCUCUACAAGCGCGAUACGUACACCGAGAACCACAUCGAUAUGAUGGCAGCCAUGCUAAAGCUGAUACAACAGCUGUGUGAGGGCCACCUCCAAGCGCUUCAAGAAUUCUUGGGGGCCGACUACACCGUUGAGGAGCUUGACAUCUUCUCGGCAAAGACACUGCCCGGGGGAGAAGACGAUGAUGACCACAAGGCAGAAGGUCGGAGACACGAGCAAGAUCAGGAGAAGAAGAACGAGCAGCCGACAAAUAUCGUGCAGUGGAUUUCACGUAUGAUCCACAUGAUCUUGGAGAGCAUGCAAGAGGCUACCAUGAACGGGCGAGAGAAGCAGUAUGUUCUUGUGCAGCAGCUGUUUGACACAGCCGCAGAGCUGAUUCAAGGUCCGAACUUAGAGAACCAAGCCACUUUGAUGGAGAAUGGCAUCUGUGCGGACAUUAACCUCCUCUGGCGAAUCCUCCGAGCUGAUGAGGGCACCUUUCGCGGCCUGAUCCAGGACAACGAGGAGCUCUUCGAUGCGUGGAUGGAUCUGCUGCGAGUCAUGCGAGCAGCGGAGAUUGCUGCAUUGAAGUUUGCGAUGUCGUUGUUGGAG